AUGGUGUGCGAGCGAGCGACUGCGUCUCCGAGGGCGCACUUAAACGACCAAACGGACGGAAGACAUUGCGCAGAGAAUGAAGACGAAGAUAUGGACGAAGAAAUGAUGCGCGUCGACGCUUUCGACUACGAGUGGAGACGUCAGAUUCACGCAGGUGACCAAGUGGACGCCCAGAACAGCUUUGGCAAUUGGUGUCCAGCCAAAGUGCUGCAAGUCGCUGAUGGGGAAGUGCUGCUGCAGUUUUUCAACAUGCACGAGAGCUGGCGACAGUGGCUGCAGCUGGAUUCUGGCCGCCUCGCACGUCUUGGCACGAGGGCGCACAGUGACAGCGUGCCGGUUCGCCAAGCCCAGCAUGUGGAAGUACGUCCUGGGGGGAGUCAUAGCAGCUUAUGGAAGGAGGCUAUUGCUGUGAAAACAGUUGGAGGAAACAUGCUGGUGCGCUAUGCUGGACGCGACUCGAGUUAUGACGAGUGGGUUCGCUUCACCCCAGCAACCGUGGCGCCUGCUGGCGACCACUUGCAAUUGCGCGGGCGUGGCUGUGCGCUGCAACAGAGGAAAAUGGAUGUUGAUGCACCAAACGUGACGCGUCGUCGUGUCAUUCAAGCACAGAACCCGAGAUUUGCUCACUACCGAGACUCGCUUGAGCGUACCUUGGGCUUGCGGAUCUAUGAUAUCGAAGGAGAUGGCAAUUGCCUGUUCCGCUCGGUGAGCCACCAGGUGUAUGGUGACGAUCGACAUCAUGCACUUGUACGUGCGGCUUGCAUGGACUACAUGGAGAGCGAGAAAGAGUACUUUGAGCCGUACGUAGUGGGCGACAUGGCAGCAUUCAUGCGCUACUUGCGCCAUAAGAGGUGUGAUGGUGUCUGGGGCGACGACCCGGAGCUUCAGGCUUUGUGCGAGCUGUACGACCGUCCUGCUGAAGUGUUUGCUUAUGAUCCAAUGUGUGGCUUCCGAAAGUUGCGCUGCCUUCACGAAAGCAGUUCUCUCUGUCGCAGCAGACCUCCUAUUCGGCUUAGCUACUACGGAGGAGGUCACUACGAUUCACUUACCGGACCCGAUCAUCAAGCGAGCCUACUCUGCGAGGCCCCAGGCCAGUGGGAGCAGCGGCAUAUCGGGUACUCGCGCCGUAUCAAUUCGCGCGAAACUCGAGACGAUGCCACUGGUGUGGAGCAGCAGGUGCACGCUCGAUCAAACCGUGAGCGCACGGAAGUGGAGCAGCUGGAACACAUUCUCAUGCUAUCACGAAACGAGUUUGACGCCAUGGAUACCAGCUUAGAAGAGACACUAAAGCUGUCGCUUGCAGAGCAUGGCGGUGACGCUCCGUCGGCGCAAGCGCAGGCACGCCGAGAGUUGGAAGCGAUCAAAGAAGCUACUCGGGAAAGUGAAGUAGCUGCGAUCCAGGCUGAGCUUUUGGCCAAGGCAAAGGCCGAGUCGGAGAAAGAGCAGAUGAAGUCUGCGAUUCAGGCGUCGUUAGGUGCAUGUGCCUUGCCAAACGAUGGCGACUUCGAUGCACAAAUGUCAGCUGCAAUCCAGGCGUCUUUGGGGGAUGCUGAACCAUGCCUCGCGACGACAGAUGGAAGCGGUAGUAGCUACGAUGAGCAGUUGCGCCGUGCGAUGGAGCUGUCAGGUCAGGAGUUUGCCCAUCGACCGCAAGUGUUUGGACUGCACGACGGGGAAACAACAAACACGGAUGAGAUGGACGAGCUCCAGCGUGCGAUCCAGGCCUCGCUGCAACAGUCCUGA